AUGGCGGACUUAGAACCCCCAAGGGGUCGCGAUGAACCCUCGACGAUACCCGACUUCCCACGCCAAGCAAGCUGUGAAAUUGACAAUGAUCCGAAGGACUAUGCGACGGGGUUGAAGUUGUUCACCGUUAUGCUGAGUAUCUGCCUUAAUACUGCUCUCGUAGGGCUGGAACUGGGAAUUAUCUCGACUGCAAUCCCGGGCAUCACCGACCAAUUCCAUCGCAUUCAAGACGUCGGGUGGUAUGGAUCAUCAACUUUUCUGGUUGUCGCGUCGUCGUCAUCUGUAUGGGGCAAGGCCUACAAGUAUCUCAACGUCAAAUACACAUACCUCGUAUCCACGUUCAUUCUCAUUAUCGGCAGUAUCGUCUCCGCGUCAGCUACAAACAGUGCUGCAGUCAUUGUUGGUCGAGCAAUCCAAGGCUUAGGUAUCGGCGGCAUUCUCAGCGGCUCUGUCAUAAUCAUCAACCACGUGUCCCAUCCCAAGCUACAUCCUCCGCUUAUUGGGAUGUGGACAGCCGUUUUCAUAAUAUCGACAAUUCUUGGGCCUCUGAUCGGCGGCGCCUUUACCACUAGCGUCACCUGGCGGUGGUGUUUCUGGAUCAAUCUCCCGCUAGGGGGACCGGUUGUUAUCUUAAUAUUGUUCUUCCUCAACAUACCCAAACACGUGAAGCCUGCCCAGGCAACAUUUGGCGAAAUACUUCUACAUCUAGAUCUUCCCGGCUUCGCCUUUUUGCUAGCUUCCCUUAUUACCCUGGCAUUGGCCUUGCAAGAGUCCGGUCAAACUCAGCCAUGGAGUGCUCCCUCUUCGAUCGCACUUCUCGUUCUUUGGCCGGUUUUCACAAUAAUAUUUUUCAUCAUUGAGUUUUUCCAAGGCGAACUAGCAGUUGUCCCUUUGCGACUACUUAGACCACGGGUAACAUGGGCCAACGCCCUGUAUUGUUUCUUUUGCAACUCAGCAAACUACCAGAUCGUUUUUUAUUUGCCCAUCUAUUUCCAAGCUGUGCGCGGCGACUCGGCGAUUAUAAGUGGCGUAAACCUGCUCCCCUUUCUGGCUCUUUUCGCCCUUGGCGCCGUUAUCAGUGGUGCAGCUGUCGGAAAGACUCGGUACCUGCAACCAUUCGAACUGAUCAGUGCCCUACUCACAACUGCCGGCGUCGCCCUUAUUUACACAUUAGAAGUCGACUCUCCUAAAGCUCGUUACAUUGGCCCUCAGAUCCUCGCCGGUUUUGGUCUUGGCCUCGGUAAUCAAAUCCCAAUAACGGCAGUGCAAGGCCUUUCGAGACCUCAGGAUAUGACAAGUUCGUCAGGCAUCGUACUCAUGAUGCAAGCUCUUAGCGGUACCUACUUCAUCCUGAUCGCACAAUCGAUAUUCGCCAAUCGCUUAAUUAUCAAUAUUAAAACCAUGUAUCCCAAUAUCAGCGCUGAGCAAGUCAUCGCCACCGGGUCUGGGGCUGAUCAAAUUCGGCAAGCCUUCCAAGGAGCUGACUUGACUGCUGUGCUUAACGCUUAUAUGGUGGGCAUCAAAGACGUCUUUGCAUUCUCACUAGCCACUGCCGCUUUAACAGUUCUAAUUUCUCUCGCCAUCCCUUUCAAGCGGUUACCCGAUCAUAGUAAUAAGAUGGAAGAGAGUUCAACAGAAAACGACGAAAAGAAGGGGGAAGUAGCUAGCGAUUGA